AUGCGGCUGUUAUUUGUAGCAGCUCUGAUUUCGCUGUAUUCAUGUACCUGGAGCAAAACUUCCGAGGAACGUAAGUUAGAGUAUUUGAUUACGGAUCAGAACAGAGAGGUCGAUAAGUUUUUGACUAACGCUUACAUACAAAUUGGAACAUUCAUGGCCGAGACUCUGUUCUUUGUUAUGCCAAAGUAUCAGGAUUACAUCAACGUUGUGGCAGAUAUAGGAGCUCGCUUUCUGAGCUUGCCUGAACAGGUCAGAAACACUGUGGUAGAGAAAUUUUUGCGAACAGGAGAGAUAAACAAAACAUUAGAUCAGAUGAAUGGAAUCAUCACUGUGAGUCAAGAGCAAGUAAUAUUGACUAUGUUCUCAUCUUAUGACAUGGUUAACGAUACUGAAGCUGCUAUAUCUUUUGCAAAGACGGAAGACUUGAAAUUAGGAAAUCGGUUGCAGAAGAUAUACACUGAAGGAAAAAAACAAUACUUUCUUAGCUCCCACGAAGCGCAAGAGUUUGUGAGAAAGGAACUCGCGCAGCUGAACAACAGUGUUAAGAGAGGGAGAAAUCAAGUGGACACCCAGGAUGUACUGAAAAAAGCCCAAAAGAGUUUUAUAAAACUUUCGCAUGAGCAGAAAGUUGAGAUCACCAAAAUCUUGUUGUCGGCGUUCAACGAUAUUCUGAUGAAAUAUUUCAAUGAACUCACGGACAAGCUCUCGCAGCUACAUGCUAGACUGGAAAGUUAA